UCUCUCCCCCAUAUUGCUGGAUCAUCAGUACUUUUUCUUCUCUCUUGUGUUUGCAUGUAUAACGCUGUUCGUUCUUAGGAUCAUUAUGUCUUUUAUCUCUAACAAUAACAUAAUAUCAUGACAUUCAAGAUUUCAGAAGAAGACAAUAUCCCCUUCGCCUCUCCAUCUGAUUCUCAGUUUAUGGAACUGGAACACAUCCGUAUCUCGAAACCCGACGAUGAUGACAACAACACAGAAACAGAGGAACCCAUUCCUCUGUCCUGCGCCUUCACGAGGCAAGAACAUUGCGUUUCGGAGUCCAGAGAGCGCGAAGAAUCGAUCAGAAGACUAAGCAGCCUCAUCUUUACUUACCUCAUCGUCAUGUCGGUACAGAUCGUCGGAGGCUACAAGGCCAACAGCCUCGCGGUGAUGACGGACGCUGCGCAUCUGCUCUCCGACGUGGCGGGUCUCUGCGUCUCCCUGCUGGCGAUCAAGGUCUCGAGCUGGGAAGCGGAUCCGAGAAACUCGUUCGGGUUCAAACGUCUUGAGGUCUUGGCAGCGUUCUUGUCUGUUCAGCUCAUAUGGCUUGUCUCUGGGGUUAUAAUAUACGAAGCCAUUCAAAGACUCCUCAGCAGAAGCAGAGAGGUUGAUGGUGAGAUCAUGUUCGGGAUCUCGGCUUUCGGGUUUUUCAUGAACUUGGUUAUGGUCAUUUGGUUAGGACAUAACCAUAGCCACCACCACCACCACCACCACCACCAUCAUCAUCAUCAUCAUUCUCACAAGGAGGAUGAAGAGGAGGAGGAGGAGAUGGAUCCUUUAAAAGGUGGUAUUAUUGAGGAGAAAUCGUCGUCGUCAAAGGAGAUGAACAUUAACAUACAAGGAGCUUAUCUACACGCGAUGGCGGAUAUGAUUCAGUCACUAGGUGUUAUGAUCGGUGGAGGCAUAAUAUGGGUGAAACCAAAAUGGGUUUUGGUUGAUUUAAUAUGCACUCUUGUUUUCUCUUCCUUUGCUCUUGCUGCGACUCUCCCUAUGCUCAAGAACAUAUUUGGUAUACUAAUGGAGCGCGCACCGCGCGAUUUAGACGUAGAGAAGCUCGAGAGAGGGCUCAUGCGUAUCAACGGAGUUAAAGUUGUUCAUGAUCUUCAUGUUUGGGAGAUUACAGUUGGGAGGAUCGUAUUGUCAUGCCAUGUCUUGCCCGAACCGGAAGCUAGUUCUGUAGAGAUCGUUAAUGAUGUUAGAAAUUUCUGUAGGAAAACUUGUGGGAUUCAUCAUGUAACAGUUCAGGUUGAAUAGAGUAAAUAGACACAUAUAAGUGACCGACUAAUCUCUUUUUAUUUUUCGUCAAAUUGACCAAGUAAUCCCUUAAAAAAAGAAGAAAAAAGGUAAUCUCUAGC